AUGUCGGUUGGAUUAUGGAAGCCGCUGAUUUUCGCCAUAUUUUUCGUUGCUCCGAGCACUCCGGAACUUACCUCUGAGAUCACUCGCAGCUGUCAAAGCCCCGUAAAUCGUCUGGAAUAUACGGAAACGCAGUGUGUGGAUUCGUUGGACAGAAGAGUGAGAUUCCUCGGCCGUCGGGAGAGCCGCAAUAUUCUUGUUUUUAGAUCCCGGGGCCAAACUCAACACAGUAUCACCGAGUGUUCUGCGACAUUGUAAUGGCCGUGUGGGAUGGCGGCAAGAGCAGGCAAGACAUUUUGAUUGGAUUUUGAAUUGUUUUUGAGCUAAAAUUUUGACUGUUUUUGAGAGGUGACCAUCUGAUGCCAAUUGUAAAAUACAGUGGGAGACCUGAUCCAGUGGCAAAAUAAGUACUAUUUUGCAUCCGGGAAGCAUCUAAAAAUGUGGCAAAAUACUUCUUUCUCCAAGUACAAGAUCUCGGUUUGAAGGGCGCCCUUUUGAAAUCGUAGUAUUUUCAGCUGGAGAGGGAGUCAUUUUGCCACAUUUUUCAUACAUCCCGGAUGCAAAAUGGCACGUUUUUCGCCACUGGAUCAUGUCCCCCAUUGUAAUUUCUCAUCCCAACUUUUCGGGUCAACGACAGGUCGGGUCAAUUAUGUAAAAUCGAUCGAUGCGGGGCGUAAGACAGGUGAAUACCCAAAAAAAAGGUUAUAGGAAGUGCCUACUGGCAAAGCCGUUGGAUGCUCGGCGGAGGCUCGGCGAAGACUUGAAAUACGUCCACUUUUUCUAAUUUCAGCUAUUACUAAUGUUUUCUUUACCCUGAGUUACAGUAACAUAUAGAAGACUAAAAUUUGCGACAAAAGAAGAAGAUCCGUAACUUUUAUUCAGACUAUUCAGAUAUUAUAGAUGUGAGUACCCGUAAAAUGCCUCAAAAUUGGUGAUUAGCUAUGCUAUAGGGACGGAUCUGAUCCAAUGUCAAAAAAACGUACCAUUUUACAUCCGAGAAGUAUCAAAAAAUGUAGCAAAACGCCUCUUUCUCCAACUAAAAAACACUGUUUUGAAAGGCGCUCUUUUGAAGUCGGAGUUUUUUUAUUUGAAGAGGGAGGCAUUUUGCCACAUUUUUGAUACUUCCCGGAUGCAAAAUGGUACGUUUUUUGUCAAUCGAUCAGGUUCGCCGCUGUAGGACAAGAUCAAUCUUAUUUUUCCUACUAACUAAGCUCUAUCCUAGCCUCAAUUCAACGACGAACCGAUGCGAUCUAUCGUUGACCCGAACUGUCGCUGACUCGAAAAGUCGUAACGCCUUUAAUUUAAGCAAAAUUUUUUCGUUUUUAGUUCCAUUUCCACCCACAACGUCAGUAUGGAGGACUUGAAGGACCAUAUACCAUCUCCUCUGAAGGAUCAGCUCUUGCCAUUACGUGAUUCUCUGGAAGCGGCGGUUGUCAAUUUUGAAAAAAAUGCAACUACUUAUAAGGUUUGUGGUGAUACAGUGGGGGAUCUGUUCCGGUGGCAAAAAGGGACCAUUUUGCAUCCAGGAAGUAUAAAGAAUGUGGCAAAAUACUUCCCUCUCCAAGUGAAAAGAACUUCGUUUUGAAGGGCGCGCCCUCUUCCUCACAAAACGAGCGGGUGUGCUUUUGAAACCUGAGUUUUUUCACUUGGAGAGGGAGGUAUUUCGCCGCAUUUUUUGAUACUUCCUGGGUGCAAAAUGGUAAAUUUUUUGACACUUGAUCAGGUCCCCCACUGUAAUUUUGUCUUGCUCCGAUUGACUUGAUUUUUGGCAUGGGGGUUUUUUUAGAUGCUCUCUUUAAGGACUCGAAAAAAAAAUUUCGAAAUUUUCAAUUUUGAGUGACCUGUGACGUCAUAAAGAGUCGAAACUUUGAGCUACCAUAUCUCGCUUCGUUUUAUAGGCAUCGACUUGAUUUUUGGUUUCGUCGCGUAUGGUACACAAUGGGACAAUCACUGUCGAGAUUUUUUCGAAAUUUCAAAUUUUUCGGAAAAAAUCUCAAAAAAAAACUUUUUUUCGCAUCUUUUAAUUUUUUCGUAUCUUUAGACAGAAAAAAGUCAAAAUCAGAAAAAUUGAAUAUCAGUUUCGAAAUCAGCACCCUCGAAAACCCCUACACCGAAUAUUUACAGAAAACAUUCCAAAAAUUACUUCUUAACAUUACUACUUUAAGAAAAAAGUCAAAAUCAGAAAAUUAUUAUAAUAGAUUUUCACAAAUAUGUGUCUUUUUAUCUGUUGGGGCUUUUUAUUCGGAAAAGGCAAAGAUACGGCCAAAAAAUGGUUUUCUCUCUGACCGCUUUCCGCAUUUCGCGUGCUCUCUCGGAGACAAAGAUCGUUGAUUAAAUAAGUUGGCUCCACAAAAAAAAUGUUUUUUGCGAAAAAUAAAUUUUAAUUUUUUUUUUCAGGUGGACGCCUACUGCAAGUUCAAGCUGAAUGAGGUCGUGUUUUCCAGUUCAUCGGUGGAUUCGUUUCUGGGAAUUUGCGCACCUAUCAAACAAUUUUCCAAUUAUUUACAAGCAGUGUUCGCCAUUGGAAUUGACAGGAUUUUCCCGACAAUUACUGGGAACAUCAGCUUCACAUACUCAGUUGACGGUAAGAUUUUUUUUUAUUUUAUUUUUUUUUAUUUUUAUUUUUAUUCUUUUUUUUUUUUGAAAUUUUUGCCUAAACACUUUUUUUUUAUUAUUGUUUUUUUUGAUUGAUUUUGUGAGCAAAAAAUUUUAAAAAUUUUGUAAAAAAAUAACAAUAAAAGUAAUUUUUUCCGUCAAAAGAUUUUAUUAUUUUAGGCCACGGAAGGGACAUGCGAAUGCCAGUAAGAUACGAAAAGGAUUCGAUCGAAUUGUCACUUUAUAACAAGAGGAGUUUUGCAAAUAACUUGAUUGGGGAUGUAGGUUGAUUAAAUUUUUUGAGAUUAUUUUUAUUUUUUAUUUUCUGUUGUUUUUUUGUUUUCUUUGUUAUUCUUUUUUUUUAUUUUUUUAUGUUCUAACUUUUAUUUUUUAUUUAAUUUUUGUAGUGUUGUCUUUUAAAUUUUAGAGAUUUUUUAAAAACUUUUAGUUUUUUAUUUUCUUUUUUUUAUUUUUAUUUUUUUUCUUUAUUUUUUGUUUUGUUUUAAUGUUAGUAUUUUUUAUUUUUAAGAUUAUUUAUUUUAUUAAAUUUUUGAGAUUUUUUUAAAAUGUUUAGUUUUGUAUGUUUUUUAUUUUUUCUCUUUUUUUAUUUUUAUUCUUUUUGUUUUAUUCUUUGUUUUGUUUUAAUGUUAGUAUUUUUUAUUUUUAAGAUUUUUUUAUUUUAUUAAAUUUUUGAGAUUUUUUUUUUAAUUUUUAGUUUUGUAUAUUUUUUAUUUUCUUUUUUAUUUUUAUUUAUUUUUUUUAUUUUUUCUUAUUUUUUGUUUUGGCUUAAUGUUAGUAUUUUUUAUUUUUAAGGUUCUUUAUUUUUUUUUAUUUUUCUUAUUUUCUCUUUGUUUUUCAAAUUUUUAUUUUAUUUAUUUUUUAUCUCUUUAGAUUUAUUAUAUUGCCAUUGUGUUUCACCUGGAAAACCGUGCCAGCAAUAGUGAUGUUGCCGUUACCAUGGAAGUGAACUUACUUCGCAGCAAUCUGACCAGAUAUCUUUGUGAUGACGAUACGGAAAAGACCGUAUUUACCAAAACGAAUAUUACUGUAAAUUUGUUUUAGAAUUUUUAAAUCUUUUGAAAAAAAUUCGUUUGUAUUCAAAUUCGUUUCAGAUUGAAUGCGCAAUCCGCGACACCGAUUCCUGGCCCAUUUUGAACAUCCUUCAGCGGUUUGCGGCGCGAAAUAUCACCUUUAAAAGGGACGACGAAACGAGCCAGCUGUAUUUGUCGAAUUGGAUCGGUCAUUAUUUCGUUUUCUGCAAGUACACGGCGGUAAGGGUGCCGCUGAAGAGUGGAGGGUAUCUGAAUCUGUGCGGAUCGGUCUAUUUCACCAACAGAACGAGGGUCAAGGAAGGUAAGAAUGUUACAAGAUAUGUAAUGCCUUUUUGGCCAAGUUUUUACCAAUUGAAAAGCUUUGUUUGGAGCUAAGGUAAACUCUGGCAGCUUGACAAGCCUUAAAAUAACAAAUUUGAUUAAUACUACACAUUGGGAAGUACCCCAAGUGCGACGCUCAGAUUUUCUUUAAAUUUUGCACACGCGUCGGCCAUGAUCUAAAUAUCAAUUCCUGAAAGUUUGAGCUCGUGCUCUGCGGGCGCCGCCGAGAUAUUGAAUGAUUUUGGCCGCCGAGUGAGCACACUAAACGUGGAGAGCGGUCAGAGAGAAAAACACUUUUUGGCCAUAACUUUGCUAGUUUCGCGUGGAAAAAAUUGAUUUUUUGUGGAAACAUUAUCCUGUAUGGUAUAAUUAGGCAAAACUUUUCGUGCCGAAGUUCGGCAAAAAUUGUCAAAUUUUCGCCAACUUUCGAUCUAAAAAUCUCGGUUUUUUCUGCAAAGCGCGAACUAGGAUUCUCGCCUUUUCCUAAUUAAUCUUGAUGAUUGAAAUUUUGCACACGCGUCAUUGGCCACAAAUCAAUCCCUGAAAAUUUUAGCUUGCGCUUUGCAGGGAGAGCCGAGUCCGGAAGUAGCCAGUAGAAAAACAUAUUCUUAUACGACGCUCAGAUUUUGAGGAAACUUGGCAUAAAUUUAGAAUAUUUUUUUCUGACAAAGAAAGUACUCCUAUGGGGUUUCAGGUGAAGACACAUGUCAAGAAAAUUACAAAUUGUUUCUGAUUUAGAAUACGUAAAAAUUAGCUGCCCAAUUUUGGUUUGUAAGGGCGAAAAACCCCUCAGAACUUUUCUUGCAACACCACGAAAACGGCCCUUUUUUUGGUCAGGUUUCACCAAAUCAAAAGUUUUUUGCGCUAAAAAUAAUCCUGGCAUCUUGACAAGCCUUACCAUACUAAACUUGAUUAAUACUACACAGUAGUUUCAAAGUAAAAAGGGUGGUGGUGCGAGAAAAGUUCUGAGGGUUUUUUUUCACCCUUACGGACUUAAAUUAGGCAGCUAAUUUUUACAUAUUCUGAAUCAGAAAAAAUUUGCGAGUUUUUUGAUAUAUGACUCGACCUAUAACUCCACACCCCAAAGAAGUACUUUCAUUGUCAAAAAACCCCGCCUUGGUAUAUAUAAUAGUUUCUGUCAAAGCGCCAGCUAGCAGCUUCACAUAUAUAUCUUUAAAAAAUGGUUCUAAAUUUGUGCUAUGUUUCAUCAAAAAUCAAAUCAAAUUUCAGCUUAUCAUGUCACACUGUUGCGUGCAAUCAACGACGCUGAACUCGAAACCCUGCAGAAGAAAUGGACGGUUCAACCGGCCGUAAUUCACUCAAACCCCGAAUUGACGUACCAAUACGAGCGCAAGAAGGUCACGGUCCUGUUACGCGCAUGUCAACCGGAUUUGACAAAUCCCGAGUGCGAUUCGGAAUGGAGCCAAGAUGUAUUGGAUAACAGCACCAUGCAGAAGGUUGUGGUAAGGAAAUUUUGUUUUGUUGGUCUAAUAUUUGACUGGAAUGAUAUAAUCUGGUUGCUAUGUUUAUUUCUGGCAAUACGGGAACAAAUGUGAACAGAAAAAAUUGAAAAAUUUGAAUUUCCCGCCAAUUUUGGCAUUCUGUUGUAGACUUUCAAAUUGAAUUGGUAUGACGAAAAUUAUGACACACAAGGUUUUUUUUAGCUUUUAGACCUUUUUCAAGAACGGUUGGAAAAUUUGAAUUUCCCGCCAUUUUUACCAUUACAGAAAAUUUGAAUUUCCCGCCAUUUUUGGCAUUUUGUUGUGGGCUUUCAAAAUCUAAUUUUUUGAAUUGUUAUGACGGCAAUGGACGACACAUAAGGGCUUUCUAGGCCAUUUUUAAAAAAGUUAGCUAGAAAAAAUUGAAUUUCCCGCCAAUUUUGGCAUUCCGUUGUAGGCUUUCAAAAUUGGAUUGCUAAAAUAUUUUAUGACUAAAAUACGCUACACAUGGUUUAACUAGCGGUUUAAGGCGUAUUCAACAACAACCGGUGGGAAAAUUUUUGAUUUUCCGCCAAUUUUGGCAUUCCGUUGCAAGCUUUCAAAAUGAGAUUUUUUGAAUAGUUUAUGACAAAAAUAGACAACGCAUAAGGUUUUGUUGGCUUUCUAGUCCGUUUACAUCGAUAAGCGGUUAGAAUUUGACCGAUUUUUUGUUCGAAGUUUGAUUUUUUACAAUGUUUUGAGGGUUUUUCUAAGUUUUCAAGGUCUUUGGUAAUUACUAAUUUUUUGACUAUUUCAGAAAACGCUGUGCGCAGAAGGCCCGAUUAGCAAGGAAAUAAACUAUACUACUACCGCUGCAUAUUGUUGUCUUGCACAUGAUUACUAUCACAUUGCCCCUGUGGUCUACAGCUGGGGAUAUUCAGCGAGUUGCUGGGAUUUAAACUAUCGAAAAGAUCGCUCUUGCAAAAUUGUGUAAGUUUUUUGGUGGAAUUUUUUUAGAAACUUGAGACAGAAUCGAUAAUUUAUACAUUGGGGACAUUUUAUACGAUGAAAUAUGUGUGAAACAGGCUAGGUUUGUUUCAUCGUAUAACCUGUCUACGUCUUUCGGGUUUUUUGUUUUAGUAAUGUCUGUAGUUUGUCUACAAAGAAUUUUAGAGCAAAUUAAUAUUUUGGGGAGAUUUUAUACGAUGAAUUAUAUCUAUAAAUGAUUCAGAACAUGUUUCAUCGUAUAAAAUGUCUAAUUUUUGGGUUUUUUGGUUUAAUGUUGUCUAUAUUUUGCCCACAAACCGUUUUAGAGGGAGCCUAUGUUUUGAGGGUAUCUUAUACGAUGAAAUAUGUCUGAAACCGAUUCAGGCAUAUUUAAUCGUAUAAAACGUCCGAUCUUUGAGUUUUUUGCUUAAUGGUGUUAAUGGUUUGUCUAUAGGCAAUUGUGGACCAAAUUCAUAUUCUAAAAACAUUUUAUACGAUGAAAUAUAUCUUAAGACAUGUUUCAUCGUAUAAAAUGUCAAUGUCAGGAAAGCUCAUAUAGAUUAUUUUUAUACGAUUAAACAUGUCUGAAAAUUGUUUCUUCACAAAUUUUGAACAUUGAAUUGGAUUCGGCCAUGUUUCAUCGUAUAAAAUGCAUCCUAGACUUAAGCUUGGCGUAUUGAUGUACAAGAGAUAAUAUAAAUUUUUUUUCAGAGAUGGCAUGUGCGAGUGCUGCUGCUUCGCCUCCCCACUUAACGCGAGGGCUGCUACUUCGGUUCCCUGUAACCUAGAAUUUGAGGGACUGUAUAACAAUUGCAAAAGGGAACUCAAAUUUGGCCGUCUUAACUUUAGCGAGCCCAAUGUUAUGGUGAGUUGAGGGGAAAAAGGAGGGAAAAUGGUUUGAAAACUUGAUUUAUUUGAUAACAAAAGUAAUGAAAAAUGUUUUCAGAAAAUUCCGAAGGAAAUCCCCUCGGGCAAAGAGAUCAUUUUGCCCAUGGAAGACUUGAAAGACACCAGUUAUCGGUACGACAAUUUAAUGGAGUUUUUUCAAAUAGAUUUGAAAAAUUUGACGCUUCAGCAGAGUGGUAAGUGGAUUUUAGAGAAGUUACAGUGUUGUAGAUUGAUUUUUGAGAGGGAAGAAUAUUUUUGUUUGGUCGAAAUUUUUAGUCAUCAAAUCGAAAUUUUUGAAAAAAAAAAAUAUUUUUUUGCGGUUAAAACCAAAUUUUUUUUGUUGUAAGUGUCACAACAAUUAAUCUCGCUUGCAGUCUUUUGUCUCACCACGAAAAUGAAAAGGGGUUUGGCAUUCUGCAAAAUAAAAGAAUUUCCAAAGAAUAUUUUUUUUAUAAAAACGAUUUUCUCGCCUUCCAAGUCCCGUUUCCUAGCCAAAAGUUCCUUUAGACGUCGGCAAGUUGCCAAAUGACAUGGGUAUGAACCAUCAAAGUCUAAAUUAUUACAUAAAGACACUAUAAUUGAUAAAAUAUAUAAAUCUUCAUGACUUUUUUAUAUUUAUUUUUCCCAUUUGCAGAAUGCCAAAAAGUGCCAAAAAGCCGGGAACUGGUUUUUGUUAUGGGGAAAGAUUGAUGUAUAACUCCUCAGCCGAGUAGUAAAUGUGCCGCGAUUUUUUGCAUACUGUUUGAUAAGAAUGUGUCAAUGUUGACUUCCAAGUUUCAUGCGAUUUUUCGUUAUUAUAAGUCGGUUAGACCACGGGAAAGAUUGCAAUUUUUGAAUACUUAAGGUGGCUAUAUCUUGCAAACGGUAAAAACUGCAAAAAUUAUUUUAGGUGGUGCAGAUAGAGUUCUAUCCCCUCCUUCUUAUUUACUAUUCACCCAAUCACCCGAUGUCCUCAAAAGUGAGAGGCGAUAAUAUUUGUUGGACCAUGUUUUUGUAACGAAGUGUUCAAAAAUUUCAAUCAAUAAUUGAGAAGAUUAGCUAAAAAAGCGCUUUUCAAUUGGGAUUAAUUGUUGUGUGUAGUUUUUGAUGGAAAAAGGUGGUUUUCUGACGAAAUUUUUAGUCAUCAAAUCGAGACUUUUGAAAGGAAUAACAUUUUUUUGAGAAAAAAAAACAUUUUCUUUUUAUUUUUUUUAUUAUUUUUUUUCAAAUUUCAGGUGUAGUCAACCCGAUUGGCCAUCGCUACUCAGCCAAGGACACAGAAACCUCGAAACUUGCGGUCCACAGCAGUAAAAACAGAGUGUAUUGCGCAGUGGAGAACUGGAAUGUGAAGGAUUUGGCGAUGGGCUGCAAAUGUUUCCGGACCCGAGAAACCCUCGUAAAUUGCUGCUGUCAGCGAAAUGCUGGGACCACGACUCUCCGUGCCUAUUCGAUGGCCUUGCUCUACAAACAGAGAAAUUGGAAUUACACGGCUUUGGCGCAUACCUUACGGUAUAGAGAAGAGUUUCUUGUGAACAGAACUGCGAUUUUGAGACCUGAAUAA